AUGCUGUUUCUGGCUGUCAGGAUUGAGAUUGAAGCCCUACCACGACUUCUGCUCGACCUGGGCGCAGACCCCAGCAUGAGCAUCAAGACUCAGUACUUGCUAGGUCCCGUCGGGCUCGCAGUGGAACGCGGUACAGUCCAUUUCAUUAAACCGAUCAUCAAGAGAAACCAAGAUGUUACUCCUCAAACGAGAGUAGAGGAGCUAGCUUGGCUCGCGUUACUCCCUGAACGAGACGGCCCAGCGCGGAUACCCGAGGACAACCAAAGCGCUUCUCAGGCACGGGGUGGAGCCAAACGUGGCCGACACGACUGCUAUGGGCGUGCUCUCAAGUGGGCGAUCGUGUCUGCAAAGUGGCAAGUUUUGCAGCAACUGCUCAGACAUGCCAGAAUCGACGUCAACGAUAACGGCUCGUACCUGGUUCCCAACUUGAUCAUGGCCAUCUACACAAUUUCCCCAACUUCUCAGAAGGUUGUCCAAGGCCUUCUUGACCGCGGUGCAGAUGUCAACGCUGGAAGGCCAGCCGAUUGGUAUGUUGCAAAUCUAAUGGUUGCUUGCGAGUCGGCCGAGCCAGAUAACCGCCGCCAUUGUCAGGACCCUGAGGCUUGA